CAAGGGCUUUUGCAGAGGCGACUCGGCCCCAGGAGGACCGGCUCCGCAGAGCGCACGGAGAGAGCGCACAGAGCGAGAGAGCGCCACCGGCAGUCACUGCCAGCCAGCCAGCCCGCUGGUCUCCGAUCCUCAACCAUGUCUCGCUCGUUCUAUGUGGAUUCGCUCAUCAUCAAGGACCCGGCUCGGCCGGCUCCCUCGUUGCCGGAUCACCACCACCCGCCCCCCGGGCAGGACUUCCUCAUCCCGCUGGGCGUGCCGUCGCCGCUGGUCAUGUCGGUGGCGGGCGGGCCGGCGUGCCCGUCGCGCAAGAACGGCGCUUUCUGCGUGUGCCCGCUGUGUGUCACCUCGCACCUGCACGCCUCUUCCCGGGCGGGCGCGGCAGGAGGAGCCGGAGGAGGAGCGGGCGCCGCUGCCACCAUCCCGCUCCUCAAGGGCCACUUCCCUCCCGCUGCUGCCGGCGAGGGCCAGUAUUGCCCCCGCCUGAGCCAUGCCCAGCAGCAGCCAGCCCCGCAGCAGCAGCAGCAGCAGCAGCAGCAAGCCGGCUCGGUGGCCUCCGCAGCGGCGGCGGCAGUAGCGGCAGCUCACGCCCUGGGCCACCCACCUGUCUGCGCAGCGGCCGCCUACAGCAUGAGCGACCCCCGGCGAUUCCACUGCCUCGGCAUGGGAGGCUCGGAUGCCAGCCAGUUGCAAAACGGCAAGAGGAUGCGCACUGCCUUCACCAGUACGCAGCUGUUGGAGCUGGAGAGGGAGUUCUCGUCCAACAUGUACCUGUCCCGGCUGCGUAGGAUCGAGAUCGCCACGUACCUCAACCUGUCCGAGAAGCAGGUGAAGAUCUGGUUCCAGAACCGGAGGGUGAAGCACAAGAAGGAAGGAAAAGGCACUCAGAGGAACCCGCACGGAGGCUGCAGCUGCACCAGCAACCCGGGACGUUACUCCAGGUCCGAGGACGAAGAGUCGCUCUCGCCGGCCUCGGCUAACGAAGACAAGGUCUCCCCUUUAUGAAAAGGCUCCCCCUUGGACUUCUUGACGGGU